AUGAUGACGAUUAUCAAUUUUCUUCUUUUCUCUCAUUCUUUGCCUGUAUCUUCUCUUUCUCUCCCUUAUCCCUUUCAAUAUGAUGACAAUUUUCUUAUCAAUUUUCUUUUCCUGUAUCUUCUUUACUCUCUCUUUCUUCAAUAUGAUCAUUUCAAUUUUUGCCUAAGUUGUACAAAUACAUGGAAUACAAAAUACUGUAAAGCUGAGAAGUAUCAUUUACCAAACUGUUCAGACGUUAUGAACCACUCCAGAGAUCACGACCUGAAUUUGUCAAAUAUAUCUGUACCCAUUAAUUGUAUGUGGAAUGCCUCAUUUUCGCUGUUUGCCGAAAAUUCAUCUUCUGGCAGCUUAGAAGCCAAUGUUACAUUUAACAGUCCGAGUGAAGAAUAUUUCUAUAUUUGGGUAUUGCAUACGAGUCGAAGUAUUGGAAAUCUUGGAGCAAUACGAUGGCAAUUAGCCUUAUGCCUUCUUCUUUGUUGGGUGAUUGUCUUUCUAUGCGUCUUCAAAGGAAUAAAGUCCUCAGGCAAGGUUGUUUACCUUAUUGUUACAUUCCCAUAUAUCAUUAUGUUUGUGCUGCUGAUUCGAGGCCUAACUGUCGAUGGACAUUUGGAAGGCAUCAAAUUUUACCUGACACCAAAGUGGGAGAAACUGAAGAAAGUCCAGGUGUGGAGUGAUGCAGCAGCACAAGUGUUCUUCUCCCUCUCGCUCUGCUGGGGUGGCCUCUCAACACUUUCCAGUUACAAUAAAUUUCAUAACAACAUAUACAGAGAUGCUGUGUUUGUUUGUCUAGGGGACUCCUUGAUGAGUGUUUUAGCCGGUUUUUCCGUGUUUGCAGUCAUGGGAGUGUUAGGAAAAGAACUUAAUACCAGCGUCGAAAAUGUCAUUGCAUCAGAUGUUGGUUUGGCAUUUACAGCCUAUCCUGCUGCUUUGACCUAUCUACCUGCAGCCCCCGUAUGGGCGAUUCUCUUUUUCCUCAUGCUCGUUAUGAUGGGCCUGAGCACAGAGAUCACCAUAGUUGAGACAGUUGUUACCGCAAUCAUUGAUGAAAAAAUUGAAGUUCUACGAAAGAAGCGGGUUACUGUCCUUUUCAUUGUUUGCGUCCUCCUUUAUUUCUUAGGUUUACCGAUGACCACAGAGCAUAUGAUAAGACAUGAAGUGAGUCUCUUCUGGCGAAUCCUCUGGCUGGGGGUUUCACCAACCAUGCUGUUGUUUGUAUUGAUCUUCUCUGUGGUGGACUACAAGCCAUUGGCAGAAAAAUUCACCUCAUCUUCAUAUCCAUUUUGGUCGGAUAUCACUGCAUUCCUUCUUAUGACAAUACCUGUUGUGUCUAUCCCACUUUGUAUGAUAAUCAAGCUUUGCAUGGCUGAAGGAACCCUCAGAGAGCGAUUACGGUAUCUCUGUGAACCAGAACCUGACUGGGGACCUGCACUAGAAAAACACUGGGAACAUGUUGAAUACGUUCCGACUGUCUUCACUUGCUCUGGUUCUUUUGCUGGUUUUGGUGUUGAGAAGUUACCAAUAACCUCGGUGUCAGACCAUGUCGAAUUUACUACAUCCAGAAUACGAGUUCCAAGUCUGUCAGAAACAACCAGUUUAAUAUCCCUGUCUCCGAAAAUAGCUCGCAACCGCAAACAAAUGGAUAUGCGACAACGGGCCAUCUUAAAUCAUGCUUAUAGCAACCCUCAAUGCAACUCCUCUCCAGGUUCAACAGAACGGUUGACCCGUCCACUGCUGUAUGAUCAAUCAGAUGAGGAAAUCAUCAUUGUUCCAAGAAAUCGGGUCAAGGUUUUGAUGCAUGAUGUUGCGACCCAGACGGACACACGAAACCUGGAUCUGGCCAACAAAACAGAAACUUCCUGGCAAAACGCUCGGAUGAGUCACAACAGCAUCUUCAGCCAAAGUAGCACAAUCAGUUUGGAUCGAAACAGCAUCCGCAGCGACUACAGUGCCAAUGACUACAGGGGCUCCACAGAAAAGAUAAAAAUGUACGACAGCCGUGAGGAGUUGCGUAGGAGUAAAGGCUCGUCUUUCAAACGGCAAACAAAAUUCAACAAAGAACAUUCACUUGAUGCUUCCGGUGGGGAAGAGAUUCUGUGCAUGUGCGAGCCAACUGACGGUAAAUAUGAAGUCCAGAUUGAAAAGUUUUCACAGAGUGAUGCCUAUAUGGGUUUGGACAGCAUCCAUUCUUUGUCUGAACAAGACAGGGACCCUUCGACAGACCUAGAACUUUUUACGGAUAUUGAUCCAGAGCAGUCAAGCAGGAUUAAAAGCCAGCUCAACCUGUUUGAGAUACCUGUGGAUCAAGAAAGGCUUCUGCCAAGACUUGAACUGACGUCGGCAGUGUCACCAGAAAAUGAACCAGAGAAUAAUUCAGAGAUCGGAGCAGAGAAUAACUUUGCAGACACGCUAACGUUUACCCCAGGAGAAGAGAUUAAAUCGAUCCUGGGUGAAGAACUAGGUAAAGUAGAAAACAAAAUCCCAGAAAUAAAAGAUGAAUCAAACGUUAGCACUAAUCCAACAGAGAAAGAGAAUCCAGAUGUAACGGAUGAUCUACAAGCGAUGAAUAGUCCAAGUGAAGAAAACAAGAAUGAAAAAGAUGUUAAAAGCAAUACACCAGGAAAAGAAGCUAGAAAUAACUUAUCUGCCAAAACUGGCAGUCCGGGGAAAGAAGAGAAACAAACCUUGCAAGACUUCAAGAAAGACAAACCAGAAAUAAAGACCACUCCCAAGAGAGUGAACCAUGAUCCAGAAAUUAAGAAAAAUCCUUCCAAAGAGUUAAAAAACAACUCUGAAAAAGCAUCCUUAAACAAUCACCCAGUAAUCCGGCCUAAAGAGAAAAGUGCUGUCAAAAAAGACAACAAAGUGAAACCGCUUACCAGUCCAACAGGGAGUAAAAUUCCAGAGAGGAAUUCCGAGCAUAUAAAAACAAGCGUUGGUGCCACUGCCAAGCAAAAAGAGACCCAGAACCUUCGAUCCAACAAUACAAAUGCCAUUCCCAAAAGAAUGGGGUCGGAGGGUAUUAUAAAAAAAUACGAGAUUCCAAGGAACAGGGACGUGGUGCCUGGUAAUCGGCUGCAAAUAAUUAAGACGAUAAAGUCCGAGGAUCCCAAAGUCCAAAUGCAAAAAGAGGCCGAAAAGUUACAAAGAAUUGGCAAUAAAAAACUCGAAGACGUUUCACCCCCUAAAAAUGUACAAUUGAAACUUAAACCCAACGAUGCACAGAUACCUGCACAAGAGAAAAUUACAAUGAAAGGUACAAUGGAGAAUAUAAGAGGGGAAGAAAUGGCGUUGCAGUGUGUUUGUAUGACUGAAGAUCUGACUGGAAAACAAUUGAAGCCCAAACAGAAUGCAGAAACAUAUUUUUCUGAUGAAGCGAAAUCCUCAACAUCUCCAUCUCUGUCAAGUGGAACCCUAUCAUCACUCACAGAUGCUGAGGAUGAGCCAGCCAUUUUGGAGAUAGAAGUGAUGCAGAUAACAAAGCUGUGA